AUGUCGUCGAAGCUUGUUCAAAAGAAAAUUCAGUUUGGCAAGAAGAAUCAGCAGACCAAAGGCUUUGUUUUCAAGCAGAGAAAGUCGUUUGUGGGAGAACACUUGCAUUUCAGAUGCCCAAUAACUCGUUCCAGUGCUCAGAAGAAGCGAUUUUCUCAGAAGAAUGCUAUGGAGCGAAACGGAGAUGCUAAGGGGAAGAGAAAGGUUAAAUAUCCGGAUGACAUCGAUUCUGAUUUCGAAGUUGAACAAUGUGUUCCUCUGGAUGAAGAAGAAAGUGAGGAUGGCUCUGAGGCUAACAAAUCAGUACUGAAGAGGUCCAAGGGCAACACACAUAGGCAUAAAUCGAUUUUUUCUGAGUUUCACGAUGAAGAUGCCAGGAAUAAACACAAAAGAGAACAAAAGGACACUACAUGUGUUAUUGGAGGUCUUGAUAUUGGUAUACGGGGUAACCAGAAUGUGGAUGAUCUUGUGUCGGUGGUCGACAUUCCAUUUGAGAAAAUAAAACGUGUCAAGCGAUAUUCCAUAUUGAUCCCCAUAUGUCUUUCUUUGGUAAAAUUUGUCUCUAGACGUGCUGACAUCAAAACAAACAUUGGUCCAUACUCGGGAAAGGCAGAGAAUGGUCCUCUUGAUGUCAUUUUGGUGGAAGAUUUGCCCCGGCAGCAAUGCUGUGAUUGUGGCGUAUUCGUUGCUUCAUUUGCGGUGUAUAUUGUUUCUAAUGAGCCCAUCAAUGCUGACACCUUUGACGUUAAUAUCGAGCGGUUAAGACCACCCCUCCUGUCGCCGCCGUCCCGACCACUGGAGGAUCGCCGAUCGGAUCCACCAAGUUCAGCCACCGUUCUUGCUUUCGAACCACCAGAAAACACACGAUUUUCGCCAUGGCUGGAUGAGCUGAACAAGGCUUUCACGUCCGACCACCUUAUCUGUCCAUAUUACCAUGGCUUCAUAUUUCUCGGCGGAAAUUGGUCAUCUGGAUCGUCCGUCGUUGUGGAGAAGAACCUGCUCGAUGGCGGCGGCAGCACCGUCGAGAACGGCAGCGGGCGGUGGCGAGGUCGCGGACGGAAGGCCGUCUGUUUCUCGGAGGUGACAGCUAGACGGAGGAUGAUGUUAGCCGGUGUCGGUGGUGCGCGCCGUUCGUCGGGCUGCUAA